AUGCGCCUGGCCCAGUGGGGACUUUUCCGCGAAGAUGUCCAUGAUGUUUUUGGAUUAUCAACUUCCAGCAUGGACAACUACAUCCUGGUCGGUGCAUUGAUCGUUACAGCUGUGAUGAAUUUUAUUUUCGUGGGCUAUCCAGCUUUCCCGCUGGAACCACGGUGGCU